AUGUCGAUUCCCAGCUCCAAAAGAGGUCCUGAAGAUGAUUUUGCAGGCUUAACAGCUCAAUCAUGUAUGGAUACCCCGAUAGCCAUUGUGGGAAUGGGUUUUCGGGGUCCAGCUGAGGCCAGCAAUGUGAACAGGCUAUGGGAGAUGAUUUUGGCGGGAAGGGAGGGAUGGUCUCCUAUCCCAGCCAAGAGAUGGAACAACGAGGCUUUCUAUCAUCCUCAUGAUGCCCGUCAUGGAUCUAUCAAUGUGCAAGGUGGUCAUUUUCUCGAAGAGGACAUAUCAGCAUUUGAUGCGCCCUUUUUCAAUAUGACCGGCGAUGAGGCGGCGGCGAUGGAUCCCCAGCAGAGGCUGUUGUUGGAAGUGACAUAUGAAGGUCUCGAGAAUGCGGGAAUUUCUCUCAACACAAUUGCGGGAACAGAAACAGCCUGCUUCGUGGGAUCUUUUUCGGCAGAUUAUACUGAUCUGCUUCUCCGGGAUCCUGAAUGUGUGCCGAUGUAUCAGUGCACAAAUGCCGGGCAAUCCCGCGCGAUGACAGCAAACCGGCUGUCCUAUUUCUUCGACCUAAAAGGUCCAAGUGUCACAGUUGACACGGCUUGCUCUGGCAGUCUGGUCGCACUGCAUUUAGCAUGCCAGAGCCUCCAGACCGGCGACGCCUCAACUGCAAUCGCAGCCGGCGUCAACCUAAUCCUCAGCCACGAGUUUAUGUCCACUAUGAGCAUGAUGAGGUUCCUCUCGCCUGACGGAAGAUGCCACACUUUCGACGAAAAGGCAAACGGGUACGCUCGCGGAGAAGCGGCGGGCUGUCUCAUUCUUAAACCCCUAGCCAAGGCAUUACACGACGGCAACACGAUCCGAGCCGUGAUACGAGGAACCGGGUCCAACCAGGAUGGUCGCACUGCCGGAAUUGCAUUGCCGAAUCGGGUCGCACAGGAAAACUUGAUUCGAAGCGUUUAUCAACGCACUGGAUUGGACCCGGCGGAAACGGACUUUGUGGAGGCACACGGCACUGGAACACAGGCUGGUGACCCUCUUGAGACAAAGGCUAUUUCGGAAGUCUUUUGUGCUCGACGUUCUGUCGAUAACCCUGUGCGCAUCGGCUCUAUUAAGACUAAUGUUGGGCAUUUGGAAGGGGCGAGUGGUGUUGCUGGUGUGAUUAAAGCUGUGCUUAUGUUGGAGAAUCGGAUGUUCUUGCCGAACCGAAAUUUCGAAAAGAUCAAUCCUCGAAUACCUCUGGACGAAUGGAAACUUAAGAUCCAACUAUCCCCGGAGUAUUGGCAGACAAAAGGUCCUCGGAGGGUAUCUGUGAAUAGCUUCGGCUAUGGAGGAAGCAAUGCUCAUGCGAUCCUCGAAGAGACUGAGAGUUGCCUUUCUGGUCUCGGUCUCGAAAUCAAGAGGUCGUCUUCCACGGUGUGCAAUGGCCCCAGAGACAGGCCACUCUCGAUCUCGUCACAUCAAACUUCCCGAAUAUAUGUUCUCUCUGGGUUUGAUGAAGCCUCAUGUGCCCGCCAGGUGCACAAUUUGCGCAGUUAUAUCCUUCACAAAAACAGCCAACCCAUCAGAGAUAGUUUCCUGGACAAUCUGGCUUUCACAGUGAAUGAGCGACGCACACUCUUUCCGUGGAAGAUCGCCGUGGUUGGAAAUGAUGUGGAGAAUCUAAACACGUCGCUCUCGCAACGAGUCAAGGCCAGGAGUGCCGUCCGAAAACCGAGGCUUGGUUUCGUUUUCACCGGGCAAGGUGCGCAGUGGGCAGGAAUGGGUCGAGGAUUGAUCCCCGCCUACCCUGUCUUCAAGGAUUCGAUCUUAAGGAUCGAUAGAGCUUUGAUGGAAAUUGGGUGUGGCUUUGGUGUCCUGGAGGAACUUCAGAAGGCACCUGAAGAUUCAAACUUGAAUCAUCCAAGCCUGAGCCAGACUAUCUGCACAGCAUUGCAAAUUGCUCUCGUCGAUUUGCUUGCAUCGUGGGGAAUAUAUCCCGCUUCGGUGACUGGGCAUUCUAGCGGGGAAAUUCCCGCUGCUUAUGCUGCCGGUGCAUUGAGCAUGAAGGAUGCAAUGACGGUGGCCUUGAACCGUGGUCUUUCGGCAACUCAGCUCUUGGACCAGCCAGUCAAGGGUACUAUGAUGGCAGUGGGACUUUCGGUCGAAGAAGUCCAACGCUACUUGGAUGCCAUCCCUCCCGGCCAGCUGGUUGUAGGAUGUAUCAACAGUCCGUCAAGUGUGACUAUCUCGGGCGAUGCACCGGCAGUUGAAGGACUUGAGAAGGUUCUGAAAGACCACUCCAUAUUCACAAAGCGCCUUGAAGUUGGUGUUGCGUACCACUCCCCUCAUAUGAAGAGGGUGGCUGAGCAAUAUCGCAGUUCGAUAAACCAUAUUCAGGCUCUUGAUACGGCCGAUGUUAAGAACAAAACUAACCCAGUAGUUCCAAGAUUCUUUUCUUCGGUUUCUGGAACGCAAAUACACCCCAGUGAAUUAAAAUGUCACUAUUGGGUCUCAAACCUGACGGGACAAGUCAAUUUCGCUAGCUCCUUGAGAGCAUUGUGCUUUGAGACCCUUAGUCAACGGCUACCUCGUGUCGAAUCAACCAAAAUCAAGAGAUCCAAGCCUGCACAGAAACCUUCUGUGGACAUACUACUUGAGAUAGGCCCACAUUCAGGUCUUGCCGGGCCCAUCAAACAGAUACUCCGAGCUGACACCAAGCUGAGCUCUGCUGACAUAGUCUACGUCAACAUGUUGACUCGCAAUACGAACGCACUAACUACUGCACUGAAUGCAGCUGCAACGGUGGCAUCAUUAAACUAUCCAGUGAACUUCAAAUCAAUCAACAGACCGCAUCACCCAUUUGAUAAAACGAUACCAGAGCUGCUUGUUGAUCUUCCACCGUAUUCCUGGGAUCAUACCAGGACAUAUUGGGCCGAGCCCAGACUAAGCAAGAUAUAUCGCAAUCGACCAACACCAAGGAUGGAUCUGAUCGGUGCACCAGAUAACAUAGCAUGUCCAUUUGAGCCUCACUGGAGGAAUCAUCUCCGUACCUCGGAGCUGCCUUGGCUUCUGGAUCACAAGAUCCAAGGAAGUAUCAUCUUCCCAGCGGCGGGCUACUUGACCAUGGUGAUUGAAGCCGUCAAACAAAUGGCGACCCCUGAAGAUGACUUUGCUUCCUACAUUUUACAAAAUGUCGAAAUCAAGUCGGCACUGGUGCUCAACGAAAUAUCUGCCAUCGAGGUUAUGACGUCACUUUCAAAGCCCCUGCAUAGUCAAAGUCAUCUUUAUGACUUUCACAUCUAUUCAAUUUCAGAUGACAAUAGAUGGACUGAACACUGCUCUGGAAUUGUGGGGAGACAGAAAAGCCUCGGUGUCUCAAAAGAAGGGUCUGAAGACGCCGACGGAUAUGUCAUGGUUCCCCUUGGUGCAGAGGUUCACGGAAUAUCGGUGGUUGACAUCGGGACCUUUUAUGACAAGCUUCACAGCUCUGGACUUGAAUACGGCCGAUGUUUCAGGAAUCUCACAGAAGCACGUGUUACCCAAGAUGGAGCCUGCUUUGCGGAUAUCACAGUCCCUGAUACCAGAUCUGUGAUGCCAGCAUCAUUUCAACAUGACCUCUUGAUUCACCCCUGUACUCUGGAUACUAUAUUCCAUACUAUCAUUGCUGCUCUUCCAUCGGGAAUGGGAGUUGAAGAGGGACCCGUCAUACCGAUUUCAAUCGAGGAAAUGGUUGUGUCUUCUCGUCUGAACUGUUUGGCUGGGGAGUUGAUGAGCAUUUGCACACAUGUGCGCCCAGUAUCGGGAGGCAAUUUCACUGCGUGUAUUGCAGUCGUGGACUACGACAAGAGAUUCGAGAUGGAGCCCAGUAUCUCAAUACGCGGUCUACGGUGCGCACGACUGGGCCGCCAGCAAAGUGUGUCAACUGGAGAGGGUACCAGCACGAUCUAUCACAUUGACUGGAAACCAGAUUACAGCUUCCUCUGUCCCGGAAAUCCAUCCGCUCUAUUGGCCAUGGGUGAGCUAGAAGAAAAGCCAGUGGAUCUCAACGAGCAUGAGUAUCAUGCUGCCGAGUAUAUACGGGCUGCAUUUGAACAAAUUGGGGCAGACGAAGCGAUGGAUCUUGACAUCUCGCAUCGCAGACUAUGGUGCUAUCUUCAAGACGUGCUCGAGAGAUACGAUAAAGAAGAGUCGCCAAUGGCUCUACACUUGGAGAGUCCUGGUCCUGCUCAAAUCGGACACCUUCUACAUACAAUUGGCACCAAUCUUGUCUCUAUCAUUCGAAAUCAAAUCGAAUACUCUACCGUUAUCGAGAACGAAACCUUAUUACUUGAAUAUUGGGACAUGUUUGCAGCGGACGAGGCAUACCAAGCCGCAGCAAAUUACGUCGGACUUAUCGGUCACAAGAAUCCAGCCAUAUCGAUCCUUGAAUUUGGAGUUGGUACUGGUCAGAUCGCUGAGAUAUUUUUGAAACGUCUCAUCCGACCCGAUGGAUCAUCCUGCUGUGCGAAAUAUACAUUCGCCUAUGAAAGCGCGUUGACCCUUGAACAGACCUCUAAGCAACUAAAGCAGUGGCAGGACUUGGUAGAGUGUAAGCUCCUGGACCUCCGCGCAGACUUCUCCAGUCAAGGGGUUCAGAAAGGCUCGUUUGAUGUCAUCAUCCUGCCACACGGUCUAUGUACCGCCCGUUGUGAACAGGAUGCCCUUUCCAGGAUUAAUGAUCUUUUGACACCCUCUGGUUGUUUGGUCGCAAUCAAUCCAUUUGAUCCAAAGGAAAGUGUUCUGAAGAGCGUUUUGUUCGGCGCUUUGCAUUGUCUGUCGGCAGAUGAAUUCUGUCUGGGUCAAAGUGGAUGGACAGAGGGUCAAUGGACUGAGAUACUAAACGAUGCUAAAUUCAGCACCGUGGAUAUAUUUGCAGAGCAAGAUUCGUACAAAUGCCAUCAAUUCAUUGUGGCUAAAAAGCAAAGUGCAGACCUCUUGACUGCGAGAAGUGCAAAUGUCGCGAUCAUUGACGAGGACGGGUCCAGCGAUCUUGCAGCAGAACUUGUCAAUCAUCUCAAGAAAAGAUGUUCGAAGGUGGUGAUAUCUAACAUCGGGGAUCUAGAUCCGGAGGGUCAAAUUUGUUUGGUUCUGGACACGGCAAAAUCAUCACUUCUCGCGAACCCGGAUAAACUGACACUGAGAAAGAUCCAGGCAAUCUUCACGCACAGCUCAGGAGUAAUCUGGGUCACAAAAGGGGGUAUCAUUGAGCCCGAGAACCCGGAUGCCGGGUUAGUUUAUGGAUUUGCAAGAACAGCACGCGCAGAAUCAGGCGUGAAGCCGAUCAUCACCUUGGACCUGGACUCCUGCAAUCCACUCCAUGGUGUACAGAGCGCAGAACUUAUCUCGCGGCUGCUGGCCACACGAUUCUUUUACAAAAGUUCUGAUCUCGACACAGAAUAUGUGGAAAGAAACGGAGUUCUAUUGAUUCCACGAGUCGUCAAAGACGUGAAAACGACACUGGCUAUGGAAAAAGUUGAUCAGACCGAGAGCGUACAUACCCAGAUCUUCCAUAAUUCAGAGCAACCUUUAAGACUUUCCGGAAAGAACAAUUCCUCCACCUUUGUUCCUGAUCACGACAUCCACGAACUUCCUGUGAACUAUAUCAGAAUCGAGGUUCAUGCUUUUGGCCUCAGUCGAGGGGAUAUUUUGCAAGAUAUGGAGUAUUGGGAGCAGGAUGAUACUUUUGGCAUAGGGUGCAGUGGGGUUGUCUAUGAGGUCGGAAGCGAAGUUCGAGGUUUCAAAAAAGGCGAUCGCGUGGCAUGUCUUGGAGCUGGAACUGCAAGGACUUUCUAUCACGACCUAGCUACGAAAUUCCAAAGAAUUCGUGGUGACAUGGCAUUCCAGUUUGCCGCAUCUUUGCCACUGGCAUAUACAGUUGCACUGUACGCAGUGACUCACUUGGCUCACGUCGAGCCAAGUGAAAUCGUUCUAGUGGAUGAUGCCGGUAGUUACUUUGGGCAAGCUAUUGUUGAUAUAUGCCUGUUCAAGCAUACCCGGCUGUUCGCAGUCGCUCGGAGCAGCCACGAGAAAACUAUUUUGGCUUCCAAGUAUGGCAUCCCAGAAGAACGGAUAGUCCAGAAAGGGGAAGAUGAUACUCUGAAGGGCAUCCUGCGAUUGACAGACGGCAAAAAGGCCAGUGCUGUCUUCGCUUUUGAUGCCUCGAAUGGGAGCUUCCGGAAUUGCACGGCGCCAUUUGGACGAUUCGUCCAGCUUCGAACCGAAUCUCACCAACCACAUUGCUGGACAGAGACUCAGAAUAUCACGACCUCCACUCUUAACAUUUUUGAUUUUCAAAAAGAGAGGAAAGACCUGGUCGAUAAAAUUUGGUUGGAUGUGGCGCGGCUGUUUUAUGAUCGACGACUCAACGGGCCUGCAUCGAUUCAGGUGUACCCUGUUUCAUCCGUUGGUGAGGCAAUCGAUGCCACCUCCACUGACCAGCAAGUCCUAGUUUCUGCAAAAGCAAGUGAUACUGUUAAGGUCACUCUACCCAAAAAGCCACAUCAGCUAUUCCAGGAAAAUGCCUCUUACCUAUUAGUCGGCGGACUCGGCGGAAUUGGACAAGAAACCGCUCUUUGGAUCGCACACAACGGGGCAAAGAGCAUUAUUUUCCUUAGCCGCAGUGGUCUCUCGAACGAGAAAUCCAAAGCUACGGUGAAGGAAUUGAUGGAGUGUGGUGUUCAAGUCACUAUCCGAGCGUGUGAUAUAUCCGAUGAGUCUAGCGUGAGCCACGUGCUUGGCGAACUAUCAAAAUGCGCACCUCCAAUACGAGGACUGAUCCAGACAGCCAUGGUGCUUAAAGAUGUUCAUAUUGAGAAUAUGCAGCCAGAUGAGUAUUACGAUGUUAUGAGCCCCAAAUAUCAUGGCACCUGGAAUUUACAUCGAAAUCUCCCCUCGGACCUCGAUUUCUUUGUGAUGCUUUCCUCCAUUAGUGGGGUUAUCGGCAACGCCACACAAGCUGCAUAUGCUGCAGGUUGUGCUUUCCAGGAUUCCUUUGCAGCCUACAGACAAAGACUAGGCCUUGCAGCGGUGUCGCUAGAUCUCGGAGUGAUCAGCGACGCAGGAUAUCUAGCUGAGAAUAAAGAAUUGGCCAAAAAGAUGAAACGGCAAGGAUUCCAAGGAAUGAACACCAAAACACUCAUGGGUUUGAUUCAGGUCGCAAUAUCGCAGCCCCCCAACGAAAGGGCACAAAUAAUCACAGGACUUGGUCGUUGGAAAGAAGGCGAAACACUGGGUAAUUUCGACGAGUCCAUUUUCUCGCAUUUCCGACACCAAUUCGGUGGUCUUGGCGAAUCCUCUUCGCAGACUUCCUCGGAACUCCUCAAAGCGGCACUAAUUUCCGCCAAGACGACCGACCAAGCGACCGGAGUCAUAUGUGAAGCGAUUAGUCAAAAGCUUGCCUCGCAUCUUUCCAUACCAGUUGAAAAUAUUGAUUCAGCAAACCGAGUUUCGGACUAUGGAGUUGACUCUCAUGUUGCUAUUGAGCUGCGGGAUUGGAUUUCCAGAUCCAUGGCAUGCACGAUUCCCAUUUUGGAAAUAUUGGCGAAAUCUUUGCUGGAUUUAUCUUUCAGGGUCGCCAGUGAGAUUUUCCAUAGCCAUGAGGAGUAA